AUGAAAGGUAGAAUCAUCGCCGCAAGCGCCGUUGCGUGGGCAUACAUCGCGGGUGCCGCAUACGUCUGGCCCUCUCAGUAUGACGAGAUCGAGGACAUUCUCUCCCUUCAGACGGGCUACCGCAGCCGAGGUUUCGUCGACGGCGUGACGCCCUGCUCCUUUGGAGGUAACAUCAAUGGCCGCCAGUUUGCCGCGGAAUGGAUACGGACGGCCUUCCACGACGUCGCCACAACCGACGCGGCUGCGGGCCAGGGCGGCCUGGACGGCUCCAUCUGGUUCGAGGUGCACCGCUCCGAGAACGGCGGCGUCGCCUUCAACAACACGUUCAGCUUCUUUGCCAACCUCUACUCCGCCCGCGCGUCCGCCUCCGACCUGCUGGCGAUGAGCGUCGUCGUAGCCAACGCCGGCUGUGGCGGGGUAAAGAUGCCGUUCCGCGCGGGUCGUAUCGACGCGCAGGAGGCCGGCCCCGCGGGCGUGCCGGAGCCGCAUACGCCCCUGAACACGACGAUGAGCAGGUUCGCGGGGGCAGGGUUCAGCCAGACGGAGAUGAUUGAGUUGGUUGCGUGCGGCCAUACUCUCGGGGGCGUGCAUAGCGUGAACAAUCCGGACAUCGUGAACAUGGAGCGCACCCCUGACACGGUUACGCAUUUCGACGGCACGUUUGACGCAUUCGACAACAAGAUCGCGACGGAGUACCUCGACGGGACGACGACGAAUCCCCUCGUGGUCAACAGCAACGCGACAAUCAACUCGGAUAAGCGGAUCUUUGCGUCGGAUGGGAACAAGACCAUCACGGAGCUGGGAGGCAGCGGGUUUAGAGCAGCUUGCGCUGAUGUCUUCACGCGUAUGAUUGAUACCGUGCCGUCGAGUGUGACACUCACGGAUCCCAUUGAGCCGGUCGACAUCAAGCCGUACAUCAGCAUGGCGCUGAGCGACGACGGAAACAUUGCGCUCAGCGGCUGGGUGCGCGUCCAGACAACCGAGGGCACCGGCCGCAGCACCGACGACCUGGUCGUCAGUUUGGUUUAUUCCGACCGGGAUGGUAGCGGCAGCACUGUGGUAUCUACAGCACUGGACGAUGGAGGCACAUCUACAGGUCUUCACGGAGAGACCUUCGUCUGGUAUCAAUUCUCAACCCCCGUGGACGCUGCGCGCGGCGUCAGCAAGUUCAACAUCCACCUCACGACACCCUCAAAUAACGCAACGACGGUUUACGAGAAUGGCGGCAGCGGGUAUCCUGUGAACGACGCCCUGCUGUACUUGGAGUCGGAGUCCUGCGUGAACCGGACCAGUGUGAACAACGAGCGCACCUUCACCGUCACGGCUGCCGUGCGCAAGGACCGGUCUUCGGAUCCGGUCGCCAUGGAUGUUGUGCAUCUUGUGCGGCGGCAGGGGGUCAUUGUGCGUAAGCUCGAGGUUGAGACUGUUGAUCUUGCGGCGACGGGCGAUGAGAGGGGAGAGUAUGUUGUUUUCGCGGCGCAGACGCAGCUCGCGACGAGUGGAUGGAGUACGAGCUUCGAUCUUGUGCUUGGUGGCGCGGAAGAGGUCAAGGUUGAGUUCUUGAAGACGCAGGCAUGUCCGCGGACAUGA